AUGGGAAUCGUGUUUUUUAUCAUGGACUGGGAGUUCAGGGGUCAGUUGGUGAGGACCUCUGAGGUUUGGGGGGCGGACAGUGUUCCUGGAGAAGGUCCAAGAGGACAAUAUGGAGACAAAGGUUACUCAGGUCAGCCUGGUCCACCCGGCGCACCCGGGCUAAGUGGACAAGACGGUGAAGUCCUUGGGGGCUUCAAGGGCCAACGUGGUCUACCUGGAGACGAUGGCGCUGCAGGUCAUGAUGGAGUUCCAGGAACACCUGGCGCUCCAGGCGGCUGUAGUCCAGGAGAUGGAGGACAGGUGGAUGUAACAGGUCCUUGUGGCACUUUUCCCGGACCUGCUGGGCUACCUGGACUUCCAGGUUCCAGUGGAUUACCGGGUUUCGAAGGUCCUCCAGGCCAAAAGGGAUCAAAGGGUCCACCUGGAGAACAUGGAGGGAAAGGCGAAACAGGAGAACAAGGCAAAGGUGGCCGUACUGGACCACAUGGUUUUUCCGGCCCCCGUGGAGAGUUGGGGGUUCCCGGCCGCAAUGGUUCAGUAGGAUCCCCUGGUGUGCCUGGUGUGCCGGGCAGAUAUGGUUCGCAAGGUGAAAAAGGUGCUCACGGAGAGAUCUUUGGAGCAUCGUCAGGAUCCCCCGGGGACUCAGGUCAGCCGGGACUGCAAGGGAAUAAAGGCCAGACUGGAGAUCCAGGAGAUCAAGGCUAUCCAGGAAUGGGCGGCAUGCCUGGUAUGAUCGGCUUCAAGGGUGAGACUGGCCCUCUGGGUCUGCAGGGGGUGGAAGGAAGGCCUGGGCCUGCAGGCAAGUACGGUUACCCUGGAGACCCUGGAGGAGCGGGUCUACCUGGGCAGUCAGGCAGUACCGGACAGCCAGGUUUCACUGGAGAGAGGGGAGUUGAGGGAGACCCGGGCCCUCCAGGUCCAAUAGGAUUAAAAGGAGUCCCUGGGCUAUACGGUGCUAAUGGUGGUACCGGAGAGUACGGCCCAUCAGGUGAACCUGGAGAUUCUGGUCAAGAUGGACGCCCAGGAGUUCCAGGAAUGAAGGGAUACAAAGGAUCUCCCGGCAUGUCAGGCUUUGAGGGUAACAGGGGCAAUUUUGGGAGGAAGGGCUUCAGUGGGCCAGGCGGAGACCCAGGAACGAUGGGCCAAGUCGGCCUAAAAGGAUUGCUGGGUCAAAGUGGAACGAAAGGUGAUCGUGGUUUGAGAGGGCCCUCCGGGGAUAAGCCUCUCAUCCCCGCCCAGAUGGCUGUUGACAUGAAGGGAACGAAGGGGGACUUCGGAAAUUAUGGAAAUCAAGGUUUCACCGGGCCGAGAGGUCUUAAGGGUUUGCCCGGUGUGCCUGGUAAAGAGGGAUCUCACGGAUAUCCUGGAAAGCCCAGCAAUAACAAGGGUCACCGUGGAGAUCCAGGUGCAGAGGGGCUGCUGGGAAUAAAAGGAAUGCCGGGCCCAACUGGGAACAGAGGAAUUACUGGGUUUGGGGGAAUGCCAGGCAACAAGGGCAUUAAUGGAGGUCCUGGUGCCUAUGGUGCAUCAGGCGAAACAGGAAGGAAGGGUUUUAAAGGUGAGAAAGGCCCACGCAUAGACCUUCCAGGAACCACCGGGUUGAGAGGAGAGCAUGGUCUUCCAGGAGAUCCAGGCCAGAAAGGAUUACCUGGACAACCAGGGGACUGGGGCACGCCUGGAUUUGGUGGAAUUGAAGGGAGAAGGGGAGAGUCUGGGAAUCCAGGAAUAAUAGGGUACACAGGCUCUGAUGGGCAGAAGGGAACUCCUGGUAACCAAGGUCAAAAAGGCUUUACUGGAACUCCUGGAAAGGACGGACACCCAGGUUUUCCUGGCUUCCCAGGAAACAAAGGUUUCCCUGGCCUGAAGGGUCUUUAUGGAUUACAUGGACUUAAAGGACAAAAGGGUGUCCCCGGCACACCAGGUCUGGAUACCACUGGACCAACUGGGGAACCCGGAAGCAAAGGACAGAAGGGAGGAGACGGGGACCCCAACAGCCAGCCAGGUUUUCCCGGCACAGUGGGUUUGAAAGGCUUUCAGGGCCCUCUAGGUGACCGGGGUCAACCUGGAUCGUCGGGACUCCGAGGCCCAUUUGGACCAGACGGGACUCCUGACAGACCAGGACUCAUAGGGGACCCUGGCUCUCAUGGACCUAAAGGGUACCCAGGUUUCCCUGGAGCAAAAGGGUUUCCUGGAGUGGAUGCUCCUCCUGGGGAAAAAGGUGUACUGGGAACAAAUGGUUUUCCUGGAAUCCCUGGCAGGAAAGGACUCAAAGGAGAUAGAGGUUCCUUUGGAUACAGGGGGCCAAACGGUGUUUCUGGGAAGAAAGGGGAAAAAGGAGAGCAAGGAGUGAUGGGCAUUCCCGGAGGCUUUGGUUUGAAGGGAGAAAGAGGGCAAUCUGGCCUAAAAGGAAACUCUGGACCUACAGGUUUUCGUGGAAUACCAGGAAACCAGGGUCCCCUUCCAAUUCCAGUAAGAGUCCCAGGAGAGAGAGGCCUCUCAGGACCACAGGGUAUCAAAGGACCAGAGGGGGUCAGAGGGGAAUCAGGGCCACAGGGGCCCCCCGGCGAUACAGGUUUCAUCGGACCCAUCGGUCGGAAGGGCAUGCCGGGGAUUGGUGGUACACCAGGAACGCCUGGAUACCGUGGAGAGUCCGGACAAAUGGGUCACCCCGGUCUGGAAGGCAGUGAAGGUCACCACGGCAACCCUGGUAUCCAUGGGUUACCUGGUAUGCCGGGCCGCAGCGUCAGCGUGGGAUACCUGCUGGUGAAACACAGUCAGACAGAACAGGUGCCCAUGUGUCCUGUGGGCAUGUCCAAACUGUGGGACGGCUACAGUCUGCUGUACCUCGAGGGCCAGGAGAAGGCCCACAACCAGGACCUCGGUUUGGCUGGCUCCUGCCUCCCACGGUUCAACACCAUGCCCUUCCUGUACUGCAACCCUGGAGACCUUUGUUACUAUGCCAGCAGGAAUGAUAAGUCCUACUGGUUGUCGACCACCGCUCCUAUUCCCAUGAUGCCUGUGGUAGAGGGAGAGAUUAAACCGUACAUCAGCCGCUGCUCAGUAUGUGAAGCUCCAUCAGUUGCCAUCGCAAUCCACAGCCAGGACAUCACCAUCCCUAUGUGUCCUGCGGGCUGGCGCAGCAUGUGGAUCGGCUACUCCUUCCUCAUGCACACAGCAGCAGGAAAUGAAGGCGGAGGUCAGUCUUUGUCAUCGCCCGGCUCUUGCCUGGAGGACUUCCGCACAGCACCGUUCCUUGAGUGUAACGGGGCCAAAGGCACAUGCCACUACUUUGCUAACAAACAGAGCUUCUGGCUAACCUCCAUAGAUCAGUCGUUCCACACUGAGCCGUCAUCAGAGACGCUCAAAGCCGGUCAGCUGCUGUCACGCAUCAGCCGCUGCCAGGUCUGCAUGAAGAACUUGUGAGAGACGCAACAGCAGCAUGGACACAAAGUAUUGGUUGCAUUGACAGUGGCCUAGUGUUGUCUCUCUAUCUGUGUACUAAACCAAACAGAGGGGGAUCUCAAAUACUGAUUUAGAUCAAUGUAAAUUGGAAACAUUCUCCCCGAGCCACAGAGCUCAGAUAUGCAAUGACUGUGCGAUGCCCUGAACGCUGAGUGAAAUGUCCCGAUGUAGAUAAAACAGGAGAAGCCCCGUUAUGAAGUCAACAGCAUUAUGGGAAAACAAGUAUUUUUAUGUUAAAUGUGGAUUGGUGCUUACUGUUUAACUUAUUACCUCAGCUACGAUGACUCAUUGUUAACAAUCAGAGUAGAUCAGAACACUACAGCUGAACCAAAGACGCCCGUGUGAAUGCACUGCUUCAGUUUCUCUAGAUGUUUGUAUUGUUUAGGGUUUACAGCCCACCAUAAAGCCACUAACACUGCUUCUUUGCCAAUUGAAGAAUGUGUCUUGAACAAUUGUUGGUUGAUACUAUCGACAGUAUUAUCCUGCUUUUAUUCCAUUUCUUUUCAAAAUGUAUUUUUAUAAUACAACAGUGUCUUCAAACUGUUCUUCUGUUUUAUGUAUUUAUCAACUAUUGCAAAAUCAUCUAUAACUCUUUAUUUUUCAUACCCCAUAUGUUCACACAAUGCACUGAUUAUCUUUGUAUUUAUACCAGCUGAAUGAAUUUGAAGCCCCUCUUUAAGAGGUUAAAUAUAUAUAUAUUAUCUAAUACUACUCAUGUCACACUCAUUUUCCUUUAUAAAUCUACUAACCUGAACUUCCAACAAGACAGACUGCAAACAGCUCGGAUCAAAGGUCUGACUGCAGCAAAUCCAUGCUGCGGCCACUGAUCCUGGGUGAGAUUAAAGUAUUUUACACAAUUUAGAAAGUAGGUCAAAUGUUCUACUUCACCAAGAGUUGCAAAUAAACAGUUUGUAUAAACUGGGAAUAUACUGACAAACAACUGUAUUGGAAUAUUAGUCAUUUCAUCAUUUCAUUGGAUUGUAAAGAUUAAAGUUGGUUAUAUUUCU